AUGGACCGUCCAGAGCGGCCUGCGCUUCCGUGCAGCUGCGGCGUGGUUUCCAAAAGUGGAGAAAGAUGUGGUGGAGAAUUGGACCCUCGUAUGGUAUGGAUGGGGGAAGACUUGGGAAACUUGGGACUCUUCAGGGUUAGGUGCGCCAAACUCGUUGCUGGAACGGACCGGAGAACAGGCCACUUUGGAGUCUCGCCAGGCAAUCCGAUCGAAUGGAGCUGGUUGGCCAAGAUGCCUCCAGUCAAGGACAGAGAGGAUUGGGCGCGCGGCCUCCGUGAAAAGCUAGUGGAAGCACCUGCGAGCGGAGCAGCUUCACGUAACAAGGUCAGAAAAGACCCACCACCCCAAGCACAGCAGCAGGGAAAGAUUGAAGAGAAAGAGACAAAGGAUGACAAGAAGGCAAAGAAGGACAAAACGGCAAAAAAGAAGGAGGACCAUGAGAAGAAGGCCAAAAAAGAAGCCAAGCGCAAGAAGGAGAAAAAGAGAAAGACCAGCUCCAGUUCAAGCUCUAGCGACGAGAAGCCCGCCAAGAGGAAGAGGAAGAAGAAGGGCUCCAGCUCAAGCGAUGAGAAGCCCGCCAAGAAGAAGAAGAGAAAGGACAGGUCCAGUUCAAGCGAAUCCGCAAAGGUCAAGAAGGGGCAGCAGGUGGUGCGAGAAGAGGUGCCAAGAGCAUUGGCUAAUGCUGCACAUGCGGAGAACGGUGGUAACGGACGCUCUGUGGCGACCGAUGCAGGAGGGGAGCCACAAAAGUUGGUGGCUUUCAGAGUGAGCGGCUUUGAGACCCCCUUCCUCAACGGCCUCUAUAGGCGGCGAGAGGACAGGCUUACACCUGGGCCGCGUGAGCAAUGGGGCACCCCGAAGUACGCGACAUUCUGGAAGGGCGAGGACAUGUUCAUCUACUGGCUGUCAGUGCCGCCAAAGACAAGAUACGUAUUUUGCCAGCGGACUGACAAAGUCGGGGCUGCACGGGCGAUUAGUAGUUCAUCUCUGCAGGGCUUGUGCGGCAUAAACCACGGUGGUUCCAUGAAGCCUGUAGAUGCGACGCUCGUGCAGGAGCUGGUGAACACCCCCGCCAUAGCCUUCUUCAGCCAAAGCAGACAGAGGUGGUAUGAGAGCUUGGACACUGCCGACUCUGAAUGGUCAUGGGCCAGAGGCGUGGUUUACAAGCAGCUCACUCCAGCCGAACUCGAACAGCAGGACACUGAGGACUAUUUCAACAGCUUUGGUGAUGUUGGUGAUGACGAGGAGGAAGCAGUGCGAUAUUCCUUGGCACAACCUUCUCAGACACCCGCCCAACCGACGGCAUCCAUGCCACAGUCACAGACAGAGGCUUAUCCCCUGUCGCACCCCGCUCAGGCAGGCAUCCAACCGAGCCCGUACAUGCAGACCCUACCUUUCGGCGGAGUGCAAGCAGUCACAGGCCCAACGCAGGCGCCCUGCCCGCAGCCAAAACGUCGACUGCCACCACCCCUGGAUAAGCGUGAGGCUGGACAAGGCAGGUCGUACUUGUAUGAGCCUGGUUUUCGCACAGAUCUUUAA